UCUGGGGAGCCUCAGCAACAUCAUGAUGCUGACGAGGCAGAGAAAAGACUCUCCAGAUCAGAACUCCUCAAGAAACACCAGCAGAGACCCACAGGAACGAAAUCUCACUGCUGCUCUGACUGUGGGAAAAGAUUGAACUCUUCAUCAAACCUUAAAAUACAUCAAAGAAUUCACACAGGAGAGAAACCUUAUAGCUGUGAUCAAUGUGGGAAGAGUUUUACUACAUCUAGCAAUCUAACUAUACACCAGAGGAUACACACAGGAGAGAAACCUUAUGGCUGUGAUCAAUGUGGGAAGAGUUUUACUACAUCUAGCUAUCUAACUAUACACCAGAGUACACACACGGGAGAGAAACCUUACGCCUGUGAUCAAUGUGGAAAGAGAUUUAUUCUGCUAGAAACCCUGAAAUCACACCAGAGAAUACAUUCUGGAGAGAAACCUUUUGGCUGUUAUCAAUGUGGGACGAGUUUUUCUCACUUAAGCAGCCUGAUAGGACACCAGCGGGGACACACAGGAGAAAAACCUUAUAGCUGUGAUCAAUGUGGGAAAAGCUUUACUACAUCUAGCAAUCUAACUAUACACCAGAGAACACACACAGGAGAGAAACCUUAUGGCUGUGAUCAAUGUGGGAAAAGUUUUACUACAUCUAGCAAUCUAACUAUACACCAGAGAACACACACAGGAGAGAAACCUUAUGGCUGUGAUCAAUGUGGGAAGAGUUUUACUACAUCUAGCAAACUAACUAUACACCAGAGAACACACACAGGAGAGAAAUAUUUUAGCUGUGAUCAAUGUGGGAAGAGUUUCGGUCAAUCUGGCCAACUGACUGUACACCAGAGAACACACACCGGACAGAAACCUUAUAGCUGUGAUCAAUGUGGGAAGAGUUUUGGUCAAUCUGGCCAACUGACUGUACACCAGAGAACACACACAGGACAGAAACCUUAUAGCUGUGAUCAAUGUGGGAAGAGAUACUCUAGUAAAAGAUCUCUGAUCAAACAUCAGAAAAUACAUGAAGGAGUUGUUUCAUGAUAUCAAUGAAAUAAUGUCACAAUGUAGAUUAUUUUAACAUUAUAUCAGUAGUAUUUUAAUGAAUGUCAACGUAGAACCCUAAAUGUU